AAAGGUAUUGCGGACUUGGCCACCUUCUUGAUGUUGGGCUUGAACCCGGGCGUCUUCUUGUGCUCGCAGUUGGUGCAGAACGUGAGCGUGACCUGGUUCCUGAACUUCUCCGGAUUCUCCUUCGUGUGCUCGAUGAGCCACGCCUUGUCGUACAUGUCCUCGUACGUGGCUCCGUUCCUCUUCGCGUCGUCGUACGAGGGGCACGAGCUGCCCUUGUUCGGGGUCACCUGCGCGCAGGCGAGGCACAACCUGAUCACGUUGUUGCACAUCGUCGUGUUCGUGUUCAAGCCGCUGCUCGUGUUCGUGUUCGAGUUCGUCUUCGUGUAUGUGCUCGGGUGCUUCUUCAACUUGUUCCUUGUUUUGGCAGAGCAACGAUCAAGAACGGCACGAACAACCUCGUCUAGUCCGACGCCCAGUCCAAGACGUCCGUGUCCGUUCGUCUGUCCGACCAGGUCCAUGACCGUGAAGCCGGUCGCGGACGCGUCGUUCCUCUCCGCCUCGGGGGCGCUCGUGAGGAAGCUCAUCGCCGCGUUCAGGUCCGUCAUCUUCGUCGUGAUCAGGUUCGUGACCGCGUUCAGGAACAAGUCGAGUAGAUCCUCGGGGGCUUCGUCAACGAGUAACCUCGUCAUCUGCGAGAUCGCGUUCCCCUUCAUGACCCCGAAGAUGAUGUCGUCCCUGUACUCGUACCACUGGAAGCUCGCGUUGACGAUCGGGUCCUCGAGCACGCCCACGCCCAAGGACAAGAAGCAGGGCGCGAGGAAGUUCUCGCAGAUGAUGAAGGAGAGGAAGGCGAGCGAGGAGGAGGAGAAGCCCCCGGGCAGCGCCCCCACCGACUUCACGACCAUGACCAUGAACGCGCAGCCGGGGCAGAACGUCAGGGCCCGAACAACCAGACGCUCGUGCUGA